UGUUAAACGAUGAUUUAAAAUAUUGAUUCAGAAUUAAAUUUUAAAAUUAAAACACGGUUGGGCAACGCCGUCGCUUGUUCAGUUGCUGCUCAGAUCUAGAGAGACAGAGCGAGCGCGAGAGAGAGAGAGAGAGAGAGAGAGAUAACGAGAGCACUGAUAACGUGAUAAUUGCUGUUCCAUUGUGAACAAUUUUGCAAAAUUCAUUCUGCGUGAUGUCCGACAAUCUGACAGAGGGUCAGCUGGGAAACACGGCCAAGUUUAACAUGAUGCCAACAUCGGUGAUCACCUACGGCAUGGUGCACAAGCUGGAAUCCGUCCAGGAGCGCAAAGUAACGCUGCCCACACCUGAAGACGAUGGCGCCGCGGGCGAUCCGAAGUCGACCCCAUCGAAGCUGGAGGAUCAGCAGCCGCAGGUGCUGUACAAAUCGAACUCGCCCUGCCUGAUGAUGGUGUUCGACGAUGGCGAUCUGAACAGCGCCAUGCACCAUCUGGAGACCUCGCUGCACGAUCCAUUCGCGGAGCACGCGGUGGCCACGCUGCUCAUCCAGGAGAGCGUACGCGAUUCGUUUCUGGAGCGCGUGGCGGAGCGCUUGCAGCCGCUCGAUCCGCAAAUCUCCAAUCAUCCCAAUUAUGUGCGCUCUCUGGCCAAACUGCAGAAGCUGAAUCCGGAGAUAAUUGUCGGCAAUCCAAAGAGGGUGCCACCAGAUGCCACGCCCAUGCUGGUCAGCGAUAUAUUCCACAAUUUUCUAGGCGAUGGACCGACGGGCAUCAUAACCGUGCACACGUUCCGCACACCCAAAGACGCCACCCAGGUGAACCAGAAGGAGACGCUCGCCUAUGGCUCGGUCAGCAUCUGGAACGAGAAGCUGGCCAGCCCCUACGAGGUGUGCGCUCUGCUCAAAAACGAGAUCUUCAUGAUCAACUGCUACAACAUCGAUCUGGCCCCGAUCCGGCCCUCCUUCAACGAGGGCAAGAACGAUGCAAGGAUCAUCAAUGGCUACCACUACGAGACCCUCACGACCAAUCACAAGCGCAAGAUGAUUGUCUUUGCCGUCGGCACCAUCUUCGCCAACUGAUCGGAUGACGGAUUUGCCGGCUCCUCCACAAGGUGCCUAACUAGCUUUUAACUAACUGUUAU